AUGGAGGAACUUGGUUUGGCGCCUCAGCAACCCAAGGAAGUGGAAACAGUAGACAACGCGGCCAUCAACUUUGGUUAUGUAGAUCCACUACAUUUGAGUGAAGAUGAUCUCUAUGUGAAAUUGAAGAGCUUGAAGAAGCAGAUCGAAUUUAUUCAAAUCCAAGAGAACUACAUCAAGGAUGAACAGAAGAACUUGAAGAAGGAGUACCGUCAUGCACAGGAGGAAGUAAAACGCAUCAAAAGUGUUCCACUGGUGAUUGGUCAAUUCUUGGAAGCAGUAGAUCAGAACACGGGCAUCCUAGGCUCCACUACUGGCUCUAAUUACUAUGUUCGCAUUCUGUCGACCAUUGAUCGUGAAUUACUCAAAGCCGGUGCCAGUGUUGCACUGCAUAAACACAGCAACGCAUUGGUGGAUGUGUUACCACCGGAAGCGGACAGUUCAAUAGCUAUGCUUCAAGCAGACGAAAAGCCGGACGUUGCCUACUCUGAUAUCGGUGGUAUGGAUACACAAAAACAAGAAAUGCGGGAGGCUGUGGAAUUGCCACUCACUCACUUUGAAUUGUAUAAACAAAUCGGAAUUGACCCGCCUCGUGGUGUGCUCAUGUUUGGACCCCCGGGAUGCGGCAAAACAAUGCUUGCUAAAGCGGUCGCUCAUCACACGACCGCAGCUUUUAUUCGUGUGGUCGGUUCAGAGUUUGUGCAGAAGUAUCUCGGUGAAGGUCCGCGUAUGGUGCGUGAUGUAUUUCGACUGGCCAAAGAGAAUGCUCCAGCUAUUAUUUUUAUCGACGAAAUUGACGCCAUCGCCACAAAACGAUUUGAUGCACAGACCGGGGGUAUGUUUUUCAUUUAA